AGAGGGGGAAGAAAGUGAGAAGGGGAGGCAGGGGGAGAGAGAGAGAGACAGAGAACUGGAAAGUGAAUGGAGAGGGCAGGCUUUCAGUCACAGGAGGAACAUUUGGUGCAGUGCUGAAACUUCUUCCCCAAACACAGCUUCUUCUUCUACCUAGACCUUGCCACGGUUAUGGCCACAGGGCACAUAUGAGAAGGUGACGGGGGACACUGACACUCGGACUACACUAACCACUGGGGCACAAUUGGAGUUUGGUACUUCAGCAUCAUGGGUUGCAAAACAAGAUCCAUGCAUUGUGUCUUGCGGUGUGUGUGCUUCAUGCUCCUUCACUUGUCUUGUACAGCACAAGAUGAGGACAUGAGAUUCAGUUGUAAGACUGUUGCAAGUGAUCUGGUCUUUAUCCUAGACGGCUCAUGGAGUGUAGCUGAUGUGAACUUUGAAAUAGUCAAGCGAUGGCUAGUCAACAUUACCACAAGCUUUAACAUCGGACAGAAGUUCACCCAGAUCGGAGUGGUCCAAUACAGUGAUGAUCCAAUCAUAAAUAUUCCACUAGGGAAGCACCUUCAUAUCAAGGAUCUCAUUAGAGCCAUGGAAUCCAUUGACUACAUGGGAGGAAAUACAAGGACUGGGACGGCCAUACAGUUUGCUAGCGACAAACUGUUUAACCUGUCUGAGAGAGGCCCAAAGGGCGUUGCUAGAAUCGCUGUGGUCCUAACAGAUGGGAAGUCACAAGAUGAGGUGAAAGCUGCAGCAGAGGCAGCCAGGAGAAGAGGAAUAAUCAUCUUUGCCAUUGGUGUGGGAUCUGAGACAGAAGAGGCAGAGUUGAAUGCUAUUGGAAACAAGCCUUCCUCCAACUACGUGUUUUACGUUGAUGACUAUAAAGCUAUUUCCAAGAUCCGUGAGACCAUAAGGCAGAAAUUGUGUGAAGAGACUGUUUGUCCAAGCAGUAUCUCAGUCGAUAACGGUGAUGUGAAGGGCUUCGAUAUUCUACAGUAUCUUAAUUUGGCCAAAAAGGUCAAAAAAACUCAAGGGUCUUUCUAUGGCUCCAAAGCCUUCCAGGUGACAUCUCGCGUUGACCUGAGUGAAAGCACGACGAACUUGUUUCCAGACGGCCUGCCUCCGUCCUACGUCUUUGUGUCCACACUGAGGUACAAGGGGUCUCUGCUCAGGGAAGAGUGGGACUUAUGGAGGGUACAGACCAAUAACGGGAAACCACAAAUGGCUGUCACACUUAACGGAUUUGAACGCAAUGUCAAGUUCACUACAACCAGUGUAGCACCAGGUGAUACUCAGACAGUGGUCUUCCAACAAGAACCUUCCAAGAAACUAUUUGAUGAGAACUGGCACCAGCUUCGCCUACUGGUCACUGAGCAGGAUGUUACCCUGUAUGUUGAUGACCUGGAAAUUGAAACCAUGCCAUUGGAACCUCCUGUUGGUAUCUUCAUUAAUGGGAAGACCCAGAUCGGAAAGUAUGUCAGCAAAGAGACGACUGUACCAUUUGAGAUUAUGAAACUCAGGAUCUACUGCGACCCCGAGCAGAACAACCGUGAGACUGCCUGUGAAAUACCUGGAGUUGACGGCGAGUGCGCCAAUGGUCCUGGUGACAUAGACGUGGACCCCACUCCAGAACCAUGUACCUGUCCUCCCGGACCUCCUGGUCUUCAAGGAAUGAAGGGGGAAGCAGGAACAAUGGGGAACCCAGGUCAAGCUGGUCCUGCUGGUGCUGAUGGUAAGCCUGGUGUGCCUGGUAACCGAGGGAUUCCUGGACCGCAGGGUCCAACUGGGACAGAGGGGCGACGCGGGGUUGAUGGCAACAAGGGAGAACAAGGACGGCCUGGUGAUUCGGGUGAAAGAGGGGUUCCGGGAUUACCUGGGCCAUUGGGUCAAGCAGGUGAAAAGGGCUCUAUGGGUCUUUCAGGGGGAUCAGGACUUGCCGGCAAAGAUGGCCUAGUGGGAGAAAAAGGAGCCAGGGGAUUCUCUGGGCCAUCCGGACAUCCGGGAGUACCAGGUUUACCUGGAAGGGAUGGAAAGAACGGAGUCCCAGGACAAAUCGGUCAAAAGGGAGAGGUUGGAGCAGCUGGCAUCCCUGGUCUAGACGGAAGGGAGGGCCAUCCUGGUAUGCCUGGCGAGCCUGGAAAUGAGGGCCAGAGUGGAACUAAGGGUGAAGAUGGUUUACCAGGACCGAAGGGAGCCAAAGGUUCCACUGGACUAUCUGGGGACAAUGGAUUGCCUGGUGAACCUGGAUCAUCAGGACAACCUGGACCUAAGGGCAGCAAAGGUGAAAGUGGACUUCCAGGUCAACCAGGGGUUCCAGGACAGGAGGGCAAGUCAGGUGACCAUGGUGGAGCAGGUCAGCCAGGACACCCAGGAAUGCCAGGCCUGACAGGACCUAAGGGACAAAGGGGAGAUCCAGGUGAACGAGGAGGGGAGGGAUUGAGAGGUGAAAAAGGAGAUAUGGGAAUUCCAGGGAAUCAUGGCUCUAAUGGCUCAUCGGGACAAAAAGGAGAGAAAGGGACAACAGGAGACCCCGGUCAGAGGGGACUAGGAGGUCACCAAGGCCAGCCAGGACUAUCUGGGCAGACAGGCCCACCUGGGCCUCGAGGACAGAGCGGGGACGUUGGCCCUCUUGGGCCACCUGGACUAGAGGGGAGACCUGGAAGGGAGAUGUCCAAGCAAAUAAUUCAGGAAAUAUGCAGAGAGGUACUUAGAUUGGAGAUGCCUUCACUACUCCUCAGUAACCAGCAGCUGAGUAACUGUGACCACUGUCAGACCAGGGACGGGACUCCGGGGGUACCAGGCCCGGUUGGGCCCCAAGGAUCUACAGGCUUUCCAGGGAACCCUGGUUCCAGUGGACAGCCAGGUCAUCCAGGUCGACCUGGGCAUCCUGGGAUGCUUGGCUUGAAAGGAGAUCCUGGUUUAAAGGGUGAGAAGGGCAGUCAAGGAAGAACAGAGAUUGGAGAUCCGGGAACACCAGGGCCUCCAGGUCAAAUGGGUCCCCAGGGGUACAGUAAACCAGGCCAUCCAGGGAAGCCAGGAGCCCCUGGCUUAAACGGGGAGGAGGGGAAGAGAGGUAACCCUGGGGUCCCGGGCCAGCCGGGGGUGUGUCAUCUAUCCAUGUGUUACGGUGUCAUGAUGAGGAGCAGGGAUCCUUUUAGUAAAGGACCAAACUAUUGACCCAACAUGGCAGCAGGCAGGCAAUCAAACAGUCUGGAGUAGAUGCAUACAUCGCAAAGAAAAACAGCAAAUCUUUCCAAUCUCAGGAAGAUCACAUUUUACAGUGUUUCCCAUUAGUCACGGAAACAGGAAGUACCUCUUAACAUGUAUAUAGCAAAGAUACUCAUGUGCAUCCUUUCAUGACCUUUAUCAAGCCCAGUUUAUACCUGGUUCUAACCUGGUCCUUCGUCCUGAUCUUGUCCACAUUUUGACUGUGCCCACAUUUUGAGACAGGUGUAGACAAUUAUAAGAUCUGUGAUCUGUGAUCUGAUUGUGAUCGAAUCUUCCUGACCAGCUUCUUAGGUAGUCAGGCACACGUUGGGUUUGGAAAUACCUGUGUAGACGAAUCUGGACAGAUGGCACCAUUGACUUAUGUCAUCAAUAUGUGUCUUAAAAUAAAUAAAGAUUAUUUUGAAAGAAUAACUGUGAAAUAAUUUGCAUACAGGGGUGGGCCAGGUAAUCUGGUCACAAUGCAUGCACAGUGGACGGAUAAGAGAUUACAUUUCUGAAAAUUCAGGAACAAUCACAAUGUGGACAAGAUCAGGACACAGGAUCCAUAUUUGCAGCAGGUAUAAACCGGCUUUAGAGGGGAAAAAAACAUAUUAAUUCUGUCCUUGUCACAUUCUGCUUGUUAUGUCAUGGGCUCCAUUUUGCUUUAAAGGGAUAGUACAACAUUUUGGCCUUUUUGUACUUGCCCAGAGUCAGAUGAACUCAUGGAUACCAUUUGUAUGUCUCUGCAGGCAGUUUGAAGGUAGUUUCUGGAGCCAUUGCUAUCUAGCAUUAGCACAAUGACAGGAAGUCUACAGGAACAGCUACAGGAAGAGCUAGCAUGAAAAAAUGUUUCACUAUCCCUUUAAAAGAAUGAUAGUAAUUGCUCCUACAUUUGGAUGGCUUUGGUUGGCAUUGGUUAGAUUCUGAGCCAAAUAGCAAUACAACAAAUCCAAUGUAAAGAAUUCUACAUUGCUCACAGAAGUACACAGGAAUAAAGGGUUGGUACUCCACUUGGACAAUGCUGAUGGUACAUUUUCUUGCCAUAUACUGCCCCCUGGUGUUGGUGUUUUUGCACCAUACUUUUUGAUUGGUCACCCCAAAAUUAUGCAUUUUUUGCACCAGACUUUCUGAUUGGUCACCCCAAAAAUGAAGUGUUUUUGCACCAUUUCUUUUUCAUGGUCACCCCUCAAUUUGUUUCGCAAAUUUGUUUGUAUUUUUUUAUGAAAUAUUUAAAGACCCUGUAAUGUAUUAUAAUUUGUAAUUUGACAAAUAAAGUUGUAAACAACAUCUAAAUAAUUAUGACAUAGUUUCAGGGCAAAUCUGUGAGCUUACUAUCUCUAUAAUGGAGGCUGCUAUGUUUAUGAAACAUUUAGAUGAAUAAACAUAGAAAAGCCAUAAUCUAAAACCUGUGUGGAUUACAGCGAUGCUAUUUCAGUUUAUAUUCCUUUUAAAACAUUUUUUUUUUUACAAAAACUAGUUUAUAUAUUGUAUGAAAAAUACAUUAACAAGUAUUUUUUUUUAACUUGAGUAGAGGAUAGGCCUACCUACUAUAACAAAUGUAAACCUGGGAAAUCCUAGCUACUUUCUGCCAAAAGAGUGAGGGAUAAAUGAAACAUGUUGACAUCUUGACUUAAUCUGAAGUUUGCUCUGUUGCAAAUGUUUUACUGUUCGCGCAUAUAUGACAUUUAUGUGCCUGAGUACCUUACCUUACCGUACCUUGUCUUACCUUAGCCUAUCAAGUUGAAGUAUUUUUGGUUAUUUAUAAAACUGAACUAAUUUACUGUGUACUGAUGGGCUUUACCUGUGAGAGCAUGGUCGUUUUUUUUGCUGUGUCUAAUUUUGUAUGUGUAAUGAUGACUUUUGUAUUGACUUUUGGUAUCAUUAAUUAAAACUUUUUUAUGACGUGAA